GACUAAGCAAGAUGGCUGCCUUCCUGCAAUGGAGGCGGUUCGUGUUCUUCGACAAGGAGCCACUGAUGGAGCGCGGGGAGGCGGCCGCCUCCGAGUUUCGCUGUCCCGGGGACUCGGCCAUCAGCGUCUGUACCAGCGGCAGGGGCAGCCUGGUGCUGGGAGACAUCGAAGGGAAUAUCUGGUUUGUGUCGCGAACAUUACAGUCUAGCUCCUUCCAAGCAUACAAGCUGCGAGUUACACACAUCUACCAGCUCAAACAGCACAGUAUUCUGGUCUCAGUGGGCGAGGAUGAGCUCGGUAUUAAUCCUUUGGUGAAGGUGUGGAAUCUGGAGAAGCGGGAUAGCAGUGGAAAUCCUCUCUGCACACGAAUCUUCUCCGCGAUUCCUGGCAAUAAGCCCACGGAGGUCACGUGCCUCACUGUCCACGAGAACCUGAACUACAUGGCAAUUGGCUUCACGGACGGGAGUGUUGUCCUGAAGAAAGGUGACAUCACUCGUGACAGACACAGCAAGACCGAUGUCCUAGCAGAGGGGACCUACCCCAUCACUGGCCUUGGAUUCCAACAGUCUGGGAAACAGACUCAUCUCUUUGUGGUUACAACAGAGAAUGUCAAGUCGUACAAUGUUUCCCUGAAGGAUUUCCCGGUGGUGGAGCUGGAUAACCAUGGCUGCAGCCUGCAUUGCUCAGCCCUCUGUGACCCCUCACAGGACAACCAGCUGAUUGUUGCCGGCGAUGACUGUGUCUAUCUCUACCAGCCUGAUGAGCGUGGGCCCUGCUUUGCUUUUGAUGGCCAGAAGCAGAUAGUGCACUGGUACCGUGGCUAUCUCCUCAUCGUGUCGAAGGAGAAGAAAACCUCCAAGACUGAUCUUGUUGGAGGUAACGAGCAGUCGUCAGAGAAGCAGAUACUCACCAUCUAUGACCUGGAUAAUAAAUUCAUUGCAUACACGGCAGCUUUCGAUGACAUUGUGGAUGUGUUGUCUGAGUGGGGCUCACUGUACGUGCUGAACAGCAAUCGUAAAAUCAGUGUUCUGCAGGAGAAGGACACACAGACAAAACUUGAGAUGUUAUUUAAAAAGAACCUGUUUGUUAUGGCCAUCAACUUGGCAAAGAGUCACCAUUUAGAUAACGACGGACUGGCAGAUAUCUUCCGACAGUACGGUGAUCACCUGUAUGUGAAAGGGGAUCAUGAUGGUGCUAUACAGCAAUACAUCCGCACUAUCGGGAAGCUGGAACCAUCAUAUGUGAUACGGAAGUUUCUGGAUGCACAACGGAUCCACAACCUGACAGCAUACCUUCAGGCCCUGCACCGUCAGUCAUUGGCCAAUGAGGACCACACAACGCUCCUGCUCAACUGUUACACAAAACUGAAAGAUAGCUCCAAACUUGAGGAGUUCAUCAAGACCAGUGAUAAUGAGGUCCACUUUGAUGUUGAAACUGCGAUCAAGGUGCUGCGUCAGGCAGGUUAUUACCGACACGCUGUCUAUCUGGCUGAUAAACACUCCCACCACGAGUGGUACCUCAAGAUCCAGCUCGAGGACAUCAAGAACUACCAGGAAGCCCUGUGCUACAUUGGGAAGCUGCCCUUUGACCAGGCAGAGAGGAACAUGAAGAAUUACGGCAAGACACUGAUGCACCAUGCUCCAGAUGAGACCACUGAACUACUGAAAAUCCUGUGUACAGAUUACAGAGCCAGCGGAGAGCUACCAGCAGAGACAGAACCUGGUGGAAGAUACAAGGAUAAGGCAAAUUCUGAGGAGUUUAUUUCAAUUUUUGCCAACAACCCACGGGAACUGAAGAAUUUCUUGGAGCACAUGGUCCAGGUUGAGGUGAACUCCCCGCAGGGUGUGUAUGAUACUCUGCUUGAACUCAGGCUGCAGGACUGGGCCCAUGAGGAGGAUGUUCAGGUGAAGAAGCGACUGCAGGAAGAUGCGAUGAGUCUGUUGAAGAGUGGUUUAUUUAAAGCUGUCUUUGACAAGGCGCUGGUGCUCUGCCAAAUGCACAAUUUCAAAGAUGGAGUGUUGUACCUGUAUGAGCAGGGCCGACUAUACCAGCAGAUAAUGCACUAUCACAUGCAGAACGAUGAGUAUGCCAAGGUGAUCGAGACCUGUGAGCGGUAUGGGGAGCAGGAGGUCUGCCUCUGGGAACAAGCACUUGGAUACUUUGCACGGAAGGAGGAGGAUUGUAAGGAAUACAUUAGCAGUGUGCUGCAACACAUUGACAGGAACAACCUCAUGCCUCCUUUGCUGGUUGUACAGACCCUGGCUCACAACUCCACAGCCACGCUCUCCGUCAUUAAGGAUUAUCUCAUUAAUAAACUGCAGCAAGAAAGUGACCACAUUGCUGAAGAUGAGCGCAGGAUCAAACAAUAUCGUGAAGAAACCAAGAAAAUCCAGGAGGAGAUUGAAGAACUUAAAAGCAGUGCAAAGAUCUUUCAGAAGCCCAAGUGCAGCAUGUGUAACAGUCCCCUGGAGCUGCCCUCUGUCCACUUCCUGUGUGGCCACUCCUUCCACCAACACUGCUUUGAGAGUUACGCAGAGCACGACUCGGAGUGUCCGACCUGCAUGCCUGAAAACCGCAAAGUCAUGGACAUGAUCCAUGCCCAGGAACAGAAGCUGGAUCUUCAUGACAAGUUCCAACAUCAGCUGAAGUGUUCGAAGGAUGGAUUCUCAAUCAUUGCAGAUUACUUUGGCCGUGGGGUCUUCAAUAAACUGACACUAAUCACAGACCCUCUUCCUGGGAGAGCAGCCACUGCAAACCUUGAUGUUGGACUUCAGAGGGACUUGUUGAUACACACAAAGAGAACGGCUUAAGAAUAGAAACCAACAUCUGCACCUUCAUACAACACUUUGUAAAAACUCACAUUGAACUCCUACAAUUGUGACUCAGUGACAGUGAUGAGUUUGUGUGUCUGAAGUGAAUCACGGAUACCACGUAUAUGUGGCUGUCGAUAAGCAUGGACCAUGGAUUUGACCACUGAGGGCCCAGAUACUAUGUUACUACUGAUUGGAGAAAGAUCAAUCCCCCCAGCUCCACAUUGGAAUAAGGGUGGCUCCAAUAAUAUUAAGCUAAAGGUGCUUUGAGAGUACAUUUUGACGUGUAUAGGAUGAUACUGGGUCCAGUAAGAUACAUAAAGGAGCAGUGCAUCGCUCAUGCAUCAGGGAGAUUCUUGACGGUUUGCAGCUGAACUAUCAAUUGUAUGAUGUUAUAUUAUCUCAGUUUGAGGUUUUACCUCAUGCGGGAGGUUCUGAGUGGGGGAGCCACCAGAUAAAUGCUGAUUAGUAACAGUGCUGUGAAAUGCUUCUCCUCUUCCUGGCAAUUGACUGGAACACUCGAAAAUCCUACAAAUCAUGACUCUAAUGAUUGUACCAAACCCCUCUGCAUUAAAUCCUCUCCCUUCAAUCACAGUCUCAGCCAACGAAACAGAGCCACAUUACCUAAUACAGGAAAGACCUCGAUCCGAUUUCCUCUCCUUACGGUACUCGGGGAGUGAUACCAAUUUUUUUCUCCUGCUCAGUUCACCUGGUUUAAAGUGCUUGACUUUAGCAGGAGAGAGGAGGGUGCCACCCUGUUAAUUGUGUUCUGUAUGAUUCUGCCAAAGCAGUUUAGCACUUUUGAGAUUCAGCUUCACCUAUCUGUGUUUCAGAGUCUCACAUAUGUCACUGUGUGAAAUGUACCACUUCCUUCUUACUUCCAUAUCUUCCUGUUCAGGAUCCUUCCUGACUUGUUUGUGACACGCUUACAUCCAAUUCUCAUAUUUUCUGCUAUUAAACUGGUCUUUGCAUGUCGGUAAUUUUAAUACAUUGUACCUACACAAAACUUAAGGAAAAAAAACUUACAAAUUUGGAAAUGUGAAUAAAGAAUACUGCAUUAAUUGAA